UUAAACGCGAAGCUCAACGAUUGUUCCGAUCUCUGUUCGCCGUCGUCGACGAUCUGUUUCACAGGACUUGUCGCAUCUAUUUCUUCCAGGUAAUCUAUCUCUCUGUUUGCGAUUCAGACCUGUUUGCCUCUAUCAUUUCUCAUUUGCUGCAACUCUCGUUAUCGCUUUUGAGAGAGAGUGAAGGAAGUUAAGGAUGAGUGGUUUUAGAGCAUUCAAAGCUAAAGUGCCCAUUGAAUGGAGCCAGAGCUUGUACAUAACCUUAGUGAGAGGUCUCCCUGGAACCAGGAAGCUUCACAGGCGUACCCUCGAAGCCAUGGGACUCCGGAGAUGCCACCGCACUGUUUUGCACUCCAACACUUCUUCCAUUAGAGGAAUGAUUCAACAGGUUAAAAGGAUGGUUGUUGUUGAAACAGAGGAGAUGUACAAAGCUCGCAAAGAAGCUGAAGCUAACCACAAAGCUCUCCGCCCGCCGCUUGUUGUCAGUCAUUCAACCCCUCCAACAAGCUCAUCCAGCAUGUCUUGAGUAUUUCAAGAAGAUGGUAAACCUCUUCAACCAUCACUUCGUUUAUGAUGAUGCACUUGCAUUUGUAAUUGCCUUACUUUUAAGAUUUUGGCUAAGUUGUGCGGGAAGUCAUAAGUAAACUAGACGCAAUAAUAAAAUGUUGGUGUCGGUGAAUUUGGUGCCUCUUGUGUUUCUGUGAUCCUUGUCUAUGUUUGCUCUCAUUUGUUGUCAAAUCUAAAAUCCAUUGGUUUGUUUGCUUUGUGUGUUUCUAGUUUUUGGUUCUGAUUA